GUCCCGAAGCACCACCCGGCCGGGACGUGGAAGGCGCAGAUUCGAGCGAUCUCGGCUGAAGGCGGGAGGAGACAGAACUUUUUUCUCCGGAGGAGCGUUCAGCGUCGCUGGCUUUUGUUUGUAGCGGGCGAACAGUUAAGAGACACUGACAUGUAAAUGUAACUCCAGUCAGCAGCACCGGAGUUAGAAAACAAUCUCACAGCAGCGGCAGCUCGUGAAAACUCCGCACGGGUCCACUGUUGACUCCUCGCCUGUUGUUUCCUGUUUUGAUGCUAAGCUAACACCGGGGUAACGUCAACUUUGCGCUCAUUUGACGUCGCUGGCAUCGAUCGUUUUAACCGCGGAAUGGCCGAAAAGAAACCCAGGGAAACUGCAGAUGUCAGCCUCCCCUUCGCCGCCCUCCAGCUGCUGGCCCCGCCCGUGCGCCUGGUGUCCGCGGCCCUGUGGAAGGCGCUGAAGCGGCGGGACGUGACGCAGUACGGCGUCGUGGAGGAGUUCGUGACCUCCGCCUGCGAGACCGUGCCCGGCCUGCUCACCGUGAGACACCAGGGCAAGCUGACGCUGGGGCUGCGGGGACGGCUGAUCUUGGAGCUGUGCCGCACACAACCUGACCCGGAGGUGAUCGAGCCUCACCUGAGAAGGAUCCGUGCUCCAGCCUCACCGCCGUCCUCCUCCUCAGCUCCUGCAGCUGUGAGGAAGGAUGUAAAAAUUGCGAGGACCAUCGAAAGUUUCCAUUCAUUCGUCCGCACGCUGCUGACGGACCCGACGGAGAGGGAGCUGUUCUUCAAGGAGGAGUUUCCUGUGGAUUACGGGCCGAAGUUUGACGAGGAACUGGAGAAGCUGCUGUGGGAGUUUCUGAUUCGGCUGGACCAGCUGCUUCCGGUUCCCAACCUGGCCCAGACUGUGUCUUGGCUCAGCGAUGCCCCGCCCAUCCUGGAAGAGUGCGCGCGCUCGGCCACCCAGCCCCAGCUCCUAAACGUUUUGCUCCAGCAUCAAACCUGUCUCGGUCAUCUGGAGCCAGCAGCGUCUCUCCCUCCAAACAUGGGAGACUCCAUCCUGGAUUCACUCUCUCUGCCGCCGUCCGGACGAGCACCUUCAGACCAGCCAACGGCAGCCCAAGCGUCCGCCGUAGACCAGCCGGGUAGUGGCACACAGACGAGCUUUAUUACACCUGUCUUCGGAAUAAUAUCUAACAAAGCCAUACCUAUCAUGAUCUCUGGCGGUACAAGGGCGCUGAGAGGCGACAAGCCAGCCAGCUCACAAGACGGAACAGACAAACACUGCGAGAGCUCGAAAUUCACCGUGGUCAAAGAGCGACAGACACCCAAUGGUGAUGCAGUGAAAGAGGGUGAAGAAGAAAAGCUGGAGGAGGAGAGGGUCACUUCCAAAAGAAGCAGAGGAGUGAAGCGCAAGCAACCCGAUGAAAGACAGAGUGAAUUUGAGGAGGAAGAAGACGUUGUGCGCAUGACCAGAUCUGGGAAAAAGAGGAUGGGUUGGGGCGACCGGAGGACAGUCGAGAGCGAAGAAGACGGAGCGGAGACCGUAGGAAACGAGGAGCUGAGAACAGCCGUCCUGGCGACCUGCAUGACCCAGAUGGGUGUCGAGGCGCUCCAGCUGCCUGAGAAUCCGUCCCUCUGCUCCAUUUUCCUGUCUUGUCUUAGCAGCCAGCCCAGGGUCCUUCUGGAAAAACUGCCGGUGGCCUCCGCCUGCGCUCACAGGACCGGCGGAGGAGGGAAAUCCUCGUACAGGCAGCAGCAACAACAGAACCAGAGGAAGAAGUCACCGGUCAAAGCUCCGAGGCGUAGCGGCACGGGCGACCAGCCUGGAAAGCCCGACUCGGACACGUCCGGCUUGGACGAUAAAGAGAAUCAUCCCGUGCGGCCGAGUAUAAGCGGCCUUCCCUCUCAACUGCGUAGUAACACAGAGACGUUGGCCCUGACCCCAGACAGUGAAGACUACGUGGCCGAUUCUGAAGAUGAGGCCACGAAGAACUUCAAAGGCAGGCUGUUCAUGAAGCGCUACUACAAGACCAGACACGGCACUUUUGUUCCCACUCUGAGGGAGUACUGGAAACCCGGGGCGGCGCAGCGGGACGUCCUGUCUGCCGGCGGCAAGCGCAGGUGAUAUAAAGCUGGAAUUUUGGACUGUGAAAAUUGAAUAUUCACCUGAUUCCCUUCCCCCUCCGGCUACUAGUUAGUUCUCUUUCUCUCGAUUUAUUCUGUAACUGUAUCUGGAUCAUUUAUUUUUAAUAUUUUACCUUCAAUUCGUGUAUUUUGUCAUCAUGGGAAAAAAAGCCCCUGAAAUUGACAGAUUAUGGAUGGUGGUUAUUUUAAAAAAUGUUAAGUGUACAGUUUUUUUUUGUAAAUAAACAUUGGUCAAUAUCUAUAAUAUCCGUUACAAAUAAGUUCCUAAAAAUAUUAUUUUUACACAUGCAUUAUGUAAUUUGUCCUGUUAAUAAAGUUUUUUUUUGUGUU